AUGUUUUUUACAUUCAUUAAUGAUACAAAUGUCUCAACUAACGUAGAUACCAUGAAUCGAAUUUAUAUAUUUUUUGCAAUUUUUAAUCAUUUUACACCUGUUUUUAACCCGAUUGUUUGUAUAAUAACUAAUAAGCCGUACAAAGAAGCUGUUUUAAAGCGUUUAAGGAUACAUCCACAAUAGGGUUGGUUCUCGUCCCGAAAGUUUGGGAAUUUGAGAGAUUUUUUGAAUAUUUCCCGCCC